UCAGGCAGCAUCCAAGGAACAGGAGAAUCGACGUUUCGGGCAUAAGCCCUUCUUCAGGGCAGGUGGUGUUCCUUGAAGAAACACCACCUGCCCUGAUGUCUGAGAUAGAAACACCACCUGUCCUGGUGUCUGAGAGAGAAACACCACCUGCUCAGGUAUCUGAGAUCGAAACAUCACCUGCCCUGAUGUCUGAGAUAGAAACAACUCCUGCCCUGCUGUCUGAGAUAGAAACACCACCUGUCCUGGUGUCUGAGAUAGAAACACCACCUGCCCAGGUGUCUGAGAUAGAAACAACAUAUGCCCAGGCAUCGGAGAUAGAAACACCACCUGCCCUGGUGUCUGAGACAAAAACAUCACCUAUCCUAGUGUCUGAAAUAAAAACACCACCUGUCCAGGCAUCUGUGAUAGAAACACCACCUGCCCUGCUGUCUGAGAUAGAAACACCACCUGUCCUGGUGCCUGAGAUAGAAACACCACCUGCCCUGAAGUCUGAGACAGAAACACCACACAUCCUGGUGUCUGAGGUAAAAACACCACCUGACCUGGUGUCUGAGAUAGAAACACCACCUGUCCUGGUGUCCAAGAUGGAAACACCACCCAUCCUGGUGUCUGAGAUAGAAACACCACUUUCCCUGGUGUCUGAGAUAGAAACACCACGUGUCCUGGUGUCUGAUAUAGAAAUACUACUUGCGCUGGUGUCUGAAUUAGAAACACCACCCGUUCUGGUGUUUGAGAUAGAAACACCACUUGCCUAG